AUGACUGUUACACCGCCUGGUCGUUCCGUUUCUACCCCGCUGCGCUUUUCUUUCUUGCGGACCAAUACCAGACACGAAGGCGAGCGGUCGCGUACCUGGGGAGCGGACCGGAGGGGAGGAGAGAUCACCGGAGAGGAGGGAGGAAGAUGGCUCCGGAGAGCGGGUGGAGUCAGGCGGUGGGGACCACGCGGUCGUUCGUUGGCAACGCGCUGGGCGGCCUCCGCGGUUGGAGCAGCCUCGCCUCCUGGACCGUCGCCGGAACCCUCGCCUACUACCUCUGGGUCAAGCCCGCGCGCCAGCUCCAGAAGGAGCGGGAGGAGCGAGCUGCUUUGGCUGCUGCCUCUGAUCCUUAUCGUUAUGUUGAGAAGCGAAAACCAAUUCCUGACCCACAGGAUACUGGCCUUAUUUAUGGGAAGAAGAAGGAGCCUACAAAAUUUGACGACUAGUUCCUCCGGGUAUACCGGAUAUCUUAUACCAAAAUGUGCCAUCCUUUGCUGUGCAACAAUACAAGGAAUGAUUUCUGGAAGUCUGCUGGCUACAUGACAAACGUUUCAUGAAAUUGUUGCUUCUACAUGCUAACAAGUAGCAAGCCCACAAUCGAAUUGUUGCAGUUUGAGUACUUGAACUGAAGGAAGUAGCUGCUCACUAUCGUCUAAUGAGAAAUGUAAAUGCCUUCAGAAUAGAGACAUCGUUGCUAUACUUUUUUUUCUAGCUAGAUCUGGAUGCUCACAUGUUUAUGUAUCAGUGUACCAAUGUAUGCCACUCUCAGUGGCUAUCCGUUUGCUCCCCUAGUCCCCUGCAUACUGCUUCUGCGAAGUAAUAACACCGUUGUUCUCAGACGGUGAGAAGAAUCCAUUGAUUCCAGUUCCACUCUGUGCCUAUGCUCUUCCAUGCCUUCCAUGAAUUAGCUUUUGAGCUGAAUCGCCAGGGAUUGAGAUCCUCCGACUUCAGCGCGUGACUUUAGCCCCCCAGUUCGCCGCCUGUUCCUGCAAUCACCGAUCCUGCAGCUACAAUCGCCGAUACAUCUCCCCUUUUGCAGGAAAUCACCCUCGCGUCGUCGUCUCACGCGCCGGCGCACCUCGCCGCCGAGGAGCUGAUGGCUUAUGGCACGGCAGGCAUAGCUUGUACUACCAUGGUUCAUGAUUUAUUUCGUAGCACAUGAAAAGGUUUCUUCCUUGAUUCCUUGAGUUCUGACGUCCGUUUCACAUCCCAGAAUUCCAGCUGAAUUGUUGUUGCGGCCUUGCAGAGGACGCAUCCACACGGAAACGAUGCGAUCCAUCCUGAC